CAUCGUCGAUGGGAAGAAACUUCACCAUUCGACAAUCGACAAUGUUGAAACUCAGUGCUAUUCUCCUUACUCUUGGAUCCUCAGCCCUUGCUGGGUACGUCCAGAAAGCCUCUGGAAACGCGUCUUUCACCUACUAUUCGGGCUGCUCGUCGCCUGCCUGUGGAAAGACCGCAACAGGCUACACUGCUGCGAUGAACCAGCUCGCAUUCGGAGCCUCUUCGGGCUUGGGUGCUGGAGACGCGUGCGGUAGAUGUUUCGCGAUUACAGGUUUAUUUCUGCAUGUUCUUUAUACUGGAGGAUCGUCCGCGUUCUUCCCCUCGAGCCAUGGUGCAUUGACUGGAACAUUCGAAGAGGUCGAGUGCUCGGAAUGGACUGGUUCUGACGGUAGUUCAUUGUGGACUGGAGCUUGCUUGGAUGGUGAGGAUGCGACUUUCUGGCCUACGGUCGACGGUUGCGGCAACCAGGGUACUGCUCCGUGAGGAGGGGCUGGAAUAGCUGUUGCGUGGUAGCUACGAGAUAUUUAACUUCAUGUCCCGGUGAUAUGCUAUAACCAUUUUUCUCAAACAAUCCUUGCAGUCGUUGACAACGCUGCACCACUCUUAGAUUACUGUUGAUCGCGAGUCAGCUCUAAGCGUGCAGGAUCAUUCUACGGGCGACCAAGAAGGUUCACGAGUAAUUGAUAACAACAGUUGAUCUCCAAGGCCAUGCCUAAACUUAGUGCUUCAACAAGAAAACAGGGAAGGAGAGGGGUCGAACAUACUUAUGAACGGCACAAGGGACAACAAGGUCGGUUUGAGGGACAAAACUGCUGAAGGUAUGGUCGAGCGCAAACUCGACAGUAUUAUAAGCAUCGGCAUAUAAUAUGAUACAAUAGAA